AGCUAAAAUUUACGCCUUCCUUCCCCUGCCCUUCUCUUUUCUUCUCUUCCGUGUUUUUUUCCUAUCUUCCACUGCGCUCUCCCUGGCCUCCUCCCAUCCACGGUUCUUCUUCUUCUUCUUUUUCUUCUUCUUCUUCGGAUCUCAAAUCAUCAUCUGCCAUGGCCGAUCUUCAUCUCCGGAGCUUGAAUUGAGGUAUCGGAAAGGCCUGGGUCGAAACGGAUUAUAGCGGCAGCCAUCUCGCCCGUCCACCGUCGUUUCGCGACUUCUCCGAACGCCUGGUUCCGCCAGUCCGCCGUCUUUCAAUCACUUUGCACUCUGUAGCUCCCAUUCCUUCAGGGCCUCAGCUGUUGUAGGUUGGAAUGCUAGGUGGUUCUCGUGUCCAACUCAAGGGCUGGCAGCGGGCUGCUGUUGCACUUGGUUCAGCAGUGGGGGCAUUGUUGGACCCAAGAAGAGCCGACCUUAUUGCAGCUUUAGGGGAAACCACCGGGAAACCUGCUUUUGAAAGGGUUUUGCAAAGGAUGAAGAAUAGUCCUGAAGGCAGGGCAAUCUUAUCGGAGCGUCCCCGAGUAAUCUCUUCUCAAGUGGGCCAUGCAUGGGAACUGCCAGACAACACAUUUGGCGCUGCGUACGCCAAGUUCAUGGGAUCAAGAAACUUCUCCCCUGACGACCGGCCGCCCGUCCGGUUCAUGGAAACCGACGAACUGGCUUACGUGGCGAUGCGGGCCCGCGAGGUCCACGACUUCUGGCACACCCUCUUCGGCCUCCCCACCAACAUGGUCGGGGAAACGGCGCUCAAGGUGAUAGAGUUUGAGCAGAUGAUGCUCCCCAUGUGCAUGAUGUCUGUGGUGGGCGGCACCGCCAGGUUCAGCGAGAGACAGAGGAGGUUGUUCUACCAGCAUUACUUCCCUUGGGCUCUCCGGGCUGGUCUGAGAUGCACCGACUUGAUGUGCGUGUAUUAUGAGCGACACUUUGGCGAAGAUCUGGAGGACGUUCGACGAAGAUUUGGGAUCAUUCCGGCUCCACAUCCUACGUCCUAAACCAACUUGUGUGUCAACUUCUUUGAAAGAGAUGCAGUUUCUCCAUUUCUGUUCCCAAUUCACAGCCAUUUUUCUUCAAUAAUUAUGGGGGGUUUCCUUUUGAAAAAAAAAACUAAAGUACGAGUAGAAAAUAGAAAAUAUACCAAAAUAGAAUAUUUAUGUUUUUAUUCCCAAAAUAAGAGCUAAAAUGUGUAUAUACUGUCAAUCAUGAUCAUAUAUACAUUAUCAAAAAGUAUUAUGAAAUAUCUAUAUACAGUGUUAUAUUAUUACUGUGCAAACUCUUAUUGUGAAAAUAAGAAAUAUAAAGAUAUUAU